UAGCAUGAUCUUAGGGAUGUGUGUUCUGAUGACUAUAACAAAUCUAUACCAUUUCAUCUUCUGCGAUCCACGCAUCAUAGAUCUUCUACCGACAUGAGCAAACAAUGCAAAGGAGUGUUCGUUCAUCUCGGAUCCUCCCGCCGUACGCCGCCGCAGCGGUUGGAAGGCGCGUACGGCCGUACACGUACACAGAAUCCAACACCUCCCACCGACCUAAAUCCAGACUCCCUCUUCCUCCUCCUUUCUCUCACUGAUCUUUCCACCACAGGACGGACGCCCGACAUGGCGUCAUUCUUGCAACUCCCCGCUGCCUUCCCUACUUCUCGGUAACAAAAUAAUCUCCCUGUCAAGAUUGCUUCUUCCGUCAAAAUGGCGGCGAUCGCGAAGCUUCUGUUGCUUCAUUCUCUUUCUCUCGCUUCUCGAUCUCAGCAAACGGAGGUGUGGAGGAUACGUCAAAAGAGGGGAUUCGUAGCGAAAGAUGGUGCACAACGGUGUGGUCGCUGCCUUUGAGUUUCCAGGUCGCGGGACAGGGUUUAGGCUGCGCUUGGCUUGGUCAAGAAGAGGAGCGCAAGAUCGAACGGGUUGUCGAUGCCGGACCGUGGAUUCUGCUGCGGAGGUUCGCCGGUCGAUUUCGGGGUGGAGAUGGCCCGGGUGAGGACGAGGAUGGAAGGGAUUUUUAGGUCUCGUGAGAAAGCUCGAUAUGUCAGGGCCCAGACUUCCGGUGACCUGGAGAAUGUUCCAACUGAUAAGCUUCAGACGAAGCCAUCCGGCCAUGUUCUGCCCUACGUUGGUGUAGCCUGCUUGGGAGCCAUUUUGUUUGGAUAUCAUCUUGCUGUUGUGAAUGGGGCACUUGAAUAUCUUGCAAGGGAUCUUGGAAUUGCUAAAGAUACUGUCUUACAAGGAUGGGUCGUUAGCACAACCCUUGCCGGUGCAACUAUAGGUUCUUUUACCGGAGGAACAUUGGCAGAUAAAUUAGGUCGAAUCCGAACUUUCCAGCUUGAUGCCAUUCCGCUUGUAAUUGGUGCAUUUCUCAGUGCAACAGCCCAAGAUGUACCAACAAUGAUAAUUGGUCGAUUACUUGCUGGAUUUGGAAUUGGAAUCUCUUCUGCCAUUGUGCCACUGUACAUAUCAGAGAUAUCACCAACUGAAAUUCGUGGAGCGCUUGGAUCUGUCAACCAACUUUUCAUUUGCAUUGGUAUUCUUGUGGCCUUGGUGGCUGGAUUGCCUUUGGCAGGAAAUCCGAAAUGGUGGAGGACCAUGUUUACCGUUGCAAUUUUUCCUGCUGUGCUAAUGGCACUCGGAAUGGCUGUUUGUCCAGAAAGCCCUCGCUGGCUGUUUCAGCAAGGGAAACUUUCUCAGGCUGAAACAGCUAUGAAGAAACUCUAUGGAAAAGAAAAGGUUGCUGAGGUCAUGCAUGGCCUAAGAGCAGGUGGUGAAGGUUCAACUGAAUCAGAUGCUGGUUGGUUUGAUCUAUUCAGUAAACGCUAUUGGAAAGUUGUGAGUGUUGGUGCAGCAUUAUUCUUGUUUCAACAAUUGGCUGGAAUAAAUGCUGUCGUGUACUAUUCUACAGCUGUAUUUCGCAGUGCAGGAAUCUCCUCUGAUGUUGCGGCUAGUGCUCUUGUUGGUGCAUCAAAUGUUUUCGGCACUAUCAUUGCUUCUUCUUUGAUGGACAAACGGGGGAGGAAAAGCCUUCUGAUCACGAGUUUUAUUGGCAUGGCUGCUUCCAUGUUGCUGCUCUCCUUGUGUUUCACAUGGAAGUCUCUUGCGCCAUAUUCAGGAACCUUUGCAGUUCUUGGCACUGUCCUAUAUGUGCUGUCUUUUUCACUGGGUGCUGGUCCUGUACCUGCUCUUCUUCUCCCUGAGAUAUUUGCCUCCAGGAUCAGAGCCAAGGCAGUCGCAUUGUCCCUUGGCAUGCAUUGGGUUUCCAAUUUUGUCAUCGGUCUCUGCUUCUUGAGCGUCGUGAAUAGGUUCGGAAUCGCCACGGUAUACUUGGGGUUUGCAACGGUAUGCGUUCUUGCAGCUCUGUACAUUUCUGGCAACGUAGUGGAGACCAAGGGCCGGUCCUUGGAAGAGAUCGAGCGUGCUCUUAGCGCCGCAGAUUGAUGCCAGCAAACGCAUCGUCUUUUUCCUUUUUUUUCUUUUUCUGCUGUGUGUCUUGUCAAAAGCAUCAUACUGACGAGCAUGGACAGCGAGACAGAGAAGACCAUUACUUCUGCCAUGUUCUAAUAUGUUCUAUUGGGUUAUUUCGGCGGAUGAGACUUCCGGAGACAUCUGAAAUGAUCAGAGUUUGUUCUGCA